UACGUACAUGGAGAGAGGAGAAGAAGGUUGCCAUCAUUAUCUGCAUUCUUCCCACUCAAAAGCUCUUCCCCACUUUUUACCUUUCCAUGGCGGAGAGCAGCCUCUGCUUUCUUCGCCACAAUGACCUAUCACCUAUAUAAUCAUAUCCCGGACAGUUCUUGAGUUCUUAAUCUGAAAGAUGAAGGAUUUCCGGUGGCAUCUCUUGUAAUCUCGAGACUUUUUUCUCUUCACCGAUUGCUAGGGUUCUCUCAGAUUGGAAAUGCGUAGUGUCCUGUUGCUUUCUCUUUUGAGUGCGAGUGCCACUCUGUGAAGUCUAGGGUUUUUUUAUGCAUCUGAGGCUCUUCGUGGUAGAGAAGAUUCACCUUUCCUUCGCUUCAGGUAAAUGCCGGAACCCUACUUCCCGCUUCGGUGGGAGAGCACCGGGGACCAGUGGUGGUAUGCCUCUCCGAUCGACUGGGCGGCGGCCAACGGCCACUACGACCUCGUCCGGCAGCUGCUGCAUCUCGAUGCCAAUCUCCUGAUCAAGCUCACGUCGCUUCGCCGCAUCCGGCGGCUGGAGACAGUGUGGGACGACGAUUUCCGGUUUGUCAAUGUCGCCAAAAACCGAUCUUUUGUAGCUCGAAACCUCUUCCAUGAGUGCGACGGGAAGAACAGAAAGAACUCGCUGAUCCGGGCCGGGUACGGAGGGUGGCUCCUCUACACGGCGGCCUCCGCCGGGGACAUGAGCUUUGUGCGGGAGCUGCUUGAGAGGGACCCCUUGGUGGUGUUUGGUGAAGGGGAGUACGGUGUAACUGAUAUCUUUUAUGCCGCAGCGAGGAGCAAGAAUUCAGAGGUUUGUAGGCUGUUGUUUGAUUUUGCAGUGUCACCUAGAUCUUCCAGUGGUGGUGCUGGAGGUGCCGGCAGUGGUGGUGGAGGAUUUGAUUCCGGCUUUAGGUGGGAGAUGGUGAACAGGGCUCUGCAUGCUGCCGCCAGAGGAGGAAACUUGGAAUUCUUCAAGGAACUGCUUGCAGAUUGCUCGGAUGUAUUAGCUUACAGAGAUACUCAGGGAUCAACCAUCUUGCACACUGCUGCCGGAAGAGGUCAGGUUGAGGUAGUCAAGGAUCUGCUCGUAUGUUUUGAUAUUAUCGACUCUAGAGAUACCCGAGGAAACACAGCAUUGCAUGUGGCAGCAUUUCGAGGAUACUUAUCGGUUGUGGAGGCCUUAGUUGUGGCUUCUCCUUCGUCCACCCUUCUUACAAAUAAUGCUGGUGAUACUUUCCUUCAUAUGGCAGUUGCGGGUUUCUGUACUCCCGGUUUCAAACGACUUGAUAGGCAGAUGGAUCUCGUGAGGCAGUUGGUUACCGGGACCAUUGUUAAUCUUGACAAUAUCAUUAAUGAGAGAAACAAUGAUGGAAGGACUGUUCUUCAUAUGGCUGUCAUUAGCAAUGUGCACACUGAUCUCGUUGAACUUCUGAUGAAGGUUCGAUCUAUCAACCUUAACAUUCGAGAUAAUGAUGGCAUUAUGCCCUUGGACAUACUCAGACAGCACCCGCAAUCAUCAUCUUCGGAGAUACUUAUCAGACAAUUAAUUUCUGCUGGUGGAAUUGUGAACUCGAAGGACUACAGGGUAAGGUCAGCCAUUGCGUUCCACCUAAAAAUGCAAGGUACUGGAAGAAGUCCAGGUACUUCCUUCAGGAUUUCAGAUGCGGAGAUAUUCUUGUAUACAGGGGUUGAGGUUUCUGAGGCUAGUGGAAGGCCUAGCUCAUGCUCGACUGCCAGUAAGAGCGAAGUCACUCACAUUAGUGCCUCGGAUGAAAACCAUGGGUUUUCCGAUAAGAAGAAACAAAAUCCCAUUAGCAACGCUGCGAGGCAUCUCAAAAUUUUAUUCAGGUGGCCUCAUCGAAAAGGGAAGACACCUGAGGUACACAAUAAGUUUGGGGAUGAUGAGUCAUGGGAAUCUGUCAAGAAAUUGGUUGACAAAGAAUAUACUCCAACUCCCCUCCGACAACGCUUCUCCACAGCCGCACCAGUUAUCAACAAGCAGCGAACUCUUUCUGUACGAAGUUCUGCUCCAACCCUGAGUUCCACAACUAAGAAGAAACAUUCAGCAACUCUAAUGCGAGGAGUGUUUCAAACCAUGCCGCAUCUGGCUCCCUCCACGCAUACUGCCCCAGGCUUAUUUUCUCGGACAUCAAUAUCAUCGUCUACGAUGAAGAAAGAGAAACGAGUAUGUUUGGAUAGUGAAAAUGACGCAGCUUGUUCAAGUUCUGUGAUAGAUUGGAGUACACCGGUGGAUACUGUGACUCCGAGAAGUAGUCUUGUAAAUAUUCGACUGAUGAACCAGUACUUCUGCUUCGGGGCACAGGAUUUAGCGACAGAUGAAUCAGGCAGCGGACAGCAAUCUAAUCAAGAAGUCAAGCCGUCACUUAUACCAGUGGCUUGAUUUACUUUAACAGGAAGCUUGAAUAAUAAGAUCUUUUGAUCACAGCAGAUGGAUAGAUUGAUGCAGCGGUGUGCAGCUAAAUUAAUAUGCAUCUGCAGUGUGUUUUAAGUUUGCAAAGUGCGUUUGUUUGAGUUGGUCUGUUCUUAGCUUCGUUUGGUCACCCGUAUUGCUGAUUAUAGUUGGGGUUCAUGUAGCCCACCUUGCUGUCUCUAGAGUCUUUUUAACAAAAGCUAAAAGAAACCUUAAAAUACAUAGUAUUUCAGCUGAUUGUUUUUCUCA